AACUGUGUAAUUAGUUUUUAUUUUCGUCUAUAUUUAAUACUCUAUGCAUGUGUCUAAGAUUCGAUGUGACGGAGAAUCUGAAAAAUUUUGCAAAUUUUUUUAGGAACUAAACAAGGCCAUAGUUUUUUGCCAUGUCUUUUGGUUCUGGAGGCUUUUGAUUUGACUGGUGUGCAUAUUUGACCAAAACCUACUGUGCUGUACCUUUACAAAUAUGAAAUACAUACCAAAAAAGUAGUACUGAGCCUGUUCUGCUAUGGCUAUAGCCGCUUUUUUCAUAGUAAAUGCGUCGAAGAGGCCUAGUGUUUUUUGUUCAUAAAUAAAAUUUGUGAGUGGUCAAACAGGUCUAACACUAGCUAAAAUGGACAAUAUAUAGAAGAUAGUGAAAUUAAAAUUUUAAAAGAACUAAAGGAUAGUAAUAUUUUGGUAAGUAAGAUAAUGUGCAAAAUUUCAAGUCUGUAAUAAAAUAAAAACAACAUAUAUGGCUGCAAAAGAACACCUUUGAUUCAAAAAGAAAAGAUCAAGAACUUCAGGAGUGAUCGACCACUUGGCACUCAGUGAAAAUGUUAUAGUUUUGAAGGAUGGUGAAAAAUCAUUGUAAACAGAAUCCACAAGAUGAAAAUAGCACUAAAAAUCAUGAAUACUACAUGAGUUUAUGUUGUGAAAUCCAUUAUUCAAAACUGCACGUAAAUAUUUGGUUCCACAUAUAUGAGAUUAUAAAAUUUGGGAUCGACAGAUUUUAAGUCCCUCCCAUCCCAACUUUUGCAGCACCAAUGGACACCAAAAUUAUACUUCCUCCAUCCCAAAUUUUAAGUCAUUUUAAAAAUCUUGAAGAGUCAAAACAUCUUGAGUUUGACCAAAUUUAUAUGAUAAGGUAAUAACAUAUAUAAUGCCAACUAAGUACAAUUAGGUUCUUUAAUAAUUAUAUUUUUAUAGUAUAUCUAUUUCAAGUCAUAAAUCUUUGUAAUUCUUUCUAUAAUUUUGGUAAAAUUUAAGAUGCUUUGACUCUUCAAAUUUAUUUGAAUGACUUAUAAUUUACGAUGGAGAGAGUACACUAGAAAACAUCUUAGUUCUUAAAAUGUUGCACUUGAAAUAUUUAUCAUUACUAUUUACCAAGUCAGUUUUUAAAGAAUUCUUUUGGGCUUUUGGCCCGCUUUGAACUUGACGAGGUCAACAACUUUCGCGGCCCAAGACAACCCUCAAAAACUCGAACAGUCGCCGUCCACCACUUCGACUUCGACGACCUCCCUUCCCCACCAAACCUGCCCACCAAGCUGUGCCGCUGGCCGGGCCGCCGCCACCACCGCCUCCGCCCGAACAGCAAGAGGAGGAGCACGAUUCACCCUGCCGCGGUCGUCGAUUUCCGGGUCGGAUCGACCGAUGGCGGAUACCACGGGAACGUCGUGGUCGGACAUCCCGCUGGACCUCGCCGGCCGGAUCCUCCGCCGCCUGCCUGCCCACGUCGACCGCGUCCGGUUCGCCGCCGUGUGCCCCCAGUGGCGCGCGGCCACGCGGCACGGGCCCCUGCCUCCACCGCUACCUCUACUCCUGCUCUCGGACAGUAGGGUGUACAGCCUGCCCGGAAGCGAGACGUUGCACUUCCCUGGCUGCACGGGGUACACCGAAGCUUGUAGCAACUGGUUGGUGUUUUCAAGUGAAGAGGGCCGUUUCCUGAGGGAUCCUUUCUCCAAUGCCACCCUGACACUUCCACCUCUGUCCCGGGUCCGAACCCGGCUUGUGGGCACGGACGGUGGACCAGUUUGGAGUCAAGCCCCCUCUACCGCCCCCGCAACCAUGAAACAUGUGGAUGUGGGUGAUGAGUCCAUUGAUGUGGCAACCCUAGCAUGGAUGGAAAUGGCUGAAACAUUGAAGUUGGAGGUGGAGCCAAAGAGUUGCAAACUGUGGUUCUGUUCAUUCAAUCUCAUUGUAGCAACAAUCUAUUUCACAGGAGGCCAACGGAUUGCAGUGUGCCAGGCAGGGGCUACCUCGUGGUGGUCUGUAUGGGCGGAAAAUCUCUCUGUCAUCUUUGUUGACAUGGCAUUCCAUCAGGGCAAGCUAUAUGCCACUGACUUCAUGGUUACACUUCUCGCCAUUGAUGUCAGUGUGGACCACAGCAGUGGUGAUCCAUGGAUUUCUCAAAUGCGACAUGUCAUCGACUGUCCAUGUUUGGACAUAGGUUAUUUCCUAAGAGGUGCUCACAUGAGGGCCUAUCUAGUUGAAUCACGUGGUGUGUUGCUGGUGGUGAUGAGAAAGAUGUGCGACCCGUUGGACAACCUUGAUCGUCCCAAUGCAGCUAGACAUGCAGAGUUCGAGGUGUUUGAAGCUGACCUCAGUCAGUCACAGUGGCUUAAGGUGACGACGAUAGGGAACAACGAGAUUAUCUUUCUAAGUCGACGAGGCAGCAGGUCUGUUUGCGUUCCUCAUAAUGCGUUACCAGGGGACUGCAUCUUCUUCCUGGGGAACGGCUGGGAUCGCAGUUUGCGUGUUUUCCCAAAUUCUUGCAGGUUCUAUAGCAUGACGGACGGCAAGGUGUCCAAUCCCCUGCCAACUGUAUCAUGGGAGUCUGGCAUGGUGUUUGGGACUUGGCUCUUCCCUCAGAGCUGAAGUGAAGCUGUUGCUGAGCUAGGUGCUAAAUUCGUCGAACGAACUUAUCUUAUCCUCGUAGUAUGUCUAAUGGUCUGUGAUGAUAACUGAAGCUAAGUGUAUCAGUACUUGUCUGGUCGAAGUAUGGUGUGACUAUGUGCUGAUUGUGCCGUUAUCAGUCUGUAAACAUCUGAUGGAUCUUUUGGCAUUGCAAUCUGAUGUUGUGGACCUAUUCUGUGAGCUUGGCACCGUAAUGGUGUCUCUAGUUUGGGGAGGUAGCAAGCAUCCCUUUUUAAUUUGAUCGAUCUUAACCAUCGUUAUGUUGAA